AGCGUCUCCUGAGUGUCUCCUGAGUGGCUCCUGAGUGUCUGGGUCCCUCGGCUGUCGCUUGCCGAGCUCCCCUGCUCCGGCCAUGGUUUGCGUCCGAGCUUUUCUUCCGAAUAGCCGCCUGGCCACGACAUUUCAAACUCGUGGAUCCGCCAGAUCCGUUCCCGCCGCUCCUUUCUCGUCACCGCCGCUCUCCCUCGCAUCUCAUCAGCUCGUCUCCUCGAACCCACGUUCAUUUCGACAUCGACUCUCUUUCUCUCCUCCCGACUCUGCCAUGAUCUCGUCCAACGAUCUGCUCGCCCAGCUGGCUGAAAACCCUCUCAACUGGGCUUUGGCUGCCCUUGCAAUCUUCCUUACAACGCGGGCACUUUUCCCCCGCAAGGCUGAAACCGUCCCCGCCCCCAUCCAUGCCGAGACCAUCGUGCUCAAGAACUUUACUCCUGUGGAGCUGCAGAAAUUCAAUGGCGUCAGCGACAAGAAAAUCUAUCUUGCAGUGAAGGGCAAAAUCUUUGACGUCACUCGCGGCGCCAGCUUCUAUGGCCCAGAGGGAAUGUACGGCAACUUUGCUGGCCGAGAUGCCUCGAGAGGACUCGCCAAGAAUUCGUUCGACAAGUCGAUGCUGACGCCUGUCGACCAGCCGCUCGACCAGCUUGCCAACCUCGAACAGGACGAGAUCCUGUCGUUGAACGAAUGGGCAGACUUUUUCGCCGGAAAAUACGACCACAUCGGAUAUCUCGUCGAGAACGAUGCCAAGGCUCAGUAAACCCAUGCUUUGGAUUGUGGCCCAUCCGGCCCAAACCGACCCCAAUUUUCAGCUUACACCAAAACGAAGCGGGCCACUGUUUGAGCCAGGGCUGUCCUUAAUUCCUGGUUCUGAAUACACACCCGCCUUUCAUCCACCACGACCAAACGGUUUGCCCAGAGUGCCUGGAAGCCAAGCGACACGAGUCAUCCGAGUCUCUUGAUAUCGA